AUGGUACACACGCCCGAGGAUUUCCCAGACAUUUCAAGCAGCUACAAAGUGUACAGCGAACUGAACCAAUCUUCGCGGAUAUCAGUGAGCGUGAGCCUCAUACGGGCGGACGAAUCGCUAAACCGGCUCAGCGAAAAUGACCGCAAGUGUUUCCUGUACGAGGAGAGGACGACGAGGACGAAGAACUUCCCGACGGCCAGAAGCAACGCAGAGGACAACUGUUACAGCGAAUGUCGGCUGAGGGCCACUUAUAGAAUGUGCAAUUGCACUCCGUACUACUUUGACAGGGAAGUGCUUCAGCGAAACGUCCAGGUUUCAGAAGAAGAACUUGAAGAUCCCAAAUGGAAUGCACAGGAUUUCAUGAACUGCAGUUGCCCGCACCCGUGUUCGUUCGUAGGAUACACGACCGAGAUCCGUAACUAUGCAAAGGACUUCUUGGCUCACACUCAAUUUCCACAUUCUUAUACACACAUAGAGAUACACUACAAAGAAAGAUUUGCCAUCAGUUACCUAAGGUCUAUGAUGUACACUACACAGGAUUUAUUAGUAACAUUUGGUGGGAUGGCAAGUUUGUUUCUUGGCUGCAGUUUGGUCAGCGUGGUGGAGAUAAUUUACGUUAUCUACAAAUCGUUAAUUAUGCUUAAACACAAAUACACCAAAGUCCAAACAGUUUCAAAACAAGAUCAGCAACUCAUUUCAUACCGCCGCCAUCAUAAUAUGUAUCAUUUUUGCAAACCUCUGUACAAGCCAUCAAGCAUCAAAUUACCAGAAAUCUGCGAGAAAGACAAAUAUUAA